AUGCUUGCUGCUAAACCGUCGUCACCACCCAAGGCUGCGAAUGACUCAGCCCCAAAUGCUGGUACUGGGCCUGAUCACGACGUUUUGGGACCUCAAGCUGGUGGAGGUAGCGCUGAUGCUGUUAGAGAUGGAAACCCUGAGCAGAACCUUGAAGCGUUACUCGAACAUAUGUCAGAAGAAAUAUUUGGAGUAAAAACAGACAAGCUUACAGAUUCUGUGCUGGACAGACCGGAAAACCCCGUAGCGGAGAGAACCGAAAAAGAAGUCAGCCCAGAUGAUGAUGCCCAUGAUUUCCUGUUAGCGGUAUUGGAUUUCUUGUCGGAUGUUAAUCAGGGGAAAAUCUCUCGGGAAGAAGCAUUGAGAGGAAUUGACCGGACCCUGCGUCGCUUACCGGGUCACAGUAAGGCUAUGCUCAUGGAUCUGUUCCCGUCUCUGAGACUGUCUCAAUCCACCGCAGUAAGCGCUGAUGACAGCUUUAAAGUCGUACUUGAUCGUAUAUCAGAAGAAAUGUUCGGAGAAGAAGUGGAAAAGCUCAAGUGUGAAUUUCUGACGUUCGAUUCCAUUAACAAAGUGAAGAGGGGAGAGAUCACUCGAGAUGUGGCAGUCAGGAGAAUCAGAGAAUACUUUGAUGGGUUGCCGUCGCCUAGUCAGGAAAUGCUCUUGAAAAAGUAUCCAUCUUUGGAACGCAUCACUGGCAGAGUUAAAGCUUCGGCCGAGGGUGGUACGGCUCCAGCAGUAAAGCGAAGUAUUCAAUACGAUCAAGAACUUAGUCUCCAAAGACUGUCAGAAGAGAUGUUCGGAGAAAGCCAAGAGAAGAUUCGUUUAACCUCGUUGGAUGCACCGAGAAACCCAACAGCGGAAAGGACUGUGAGAGAAACUAGAUCGGACAGUAAUGCAGACGUGUUUGUGCGUGGGGUAAUGGAUACCUUGAGAAUGAUGAAUGAAGAGAGUUUCUCAAAAGAAGCAGCAUCGAAGAGGUAUUUUGAGCUACUAGGCUGGAUCGUUGAUUAA